CCAUGUAGGUGAUUUGCCAUCCCAAGUACCAAGAAUCCAAAAGAAUUGCAAUCUUCCUGAGCAUGCCAGAUGAAAUCCAGACAGAAGAAAUCAUUAAGGACAUUUUUAAGCAAGGCAAAGAGUGUUUCAUCCCACGUUACAAGCCUCACAGCAAUCACAUGGACAUGCUGAAGUUAUCGUCAGCUGAAGACAUUUCUUCCCUUGCUUUGACAUCCUGGAAUAUUCUUCAGCCUAGUGAUGAUGACAGUGCAAGAGAGGAGGCUCUUGCUGGUGGAGGUCUUGACCUUAUCUUCAUGCCAGGCCUUGGAUUUGACAAAAAAGGCAACAGAUUGGGAAGAGGGAAAGGAUAUUACGAUACCUAUCUCGAAAAAUGUAUGAAGCAUCCCAGUGGAAAGCCUUACACAAUUGCCUUGGCUUUUAGGGAACAGAUUUGUGAAUCAGUACCCGUGGCAGAAAAUGAUGUCCAAGUAGAUGAAGUCCUUUAUGAAGACUGCUGAAAGUAUAUUGAUACCAACCUACCUUCAAGGUGACCAACCAAAGACAUCCGUCAAUCAUGACUUAUAAUAGUCAUACAUGACUUUGGGAGCAAUGAAAUACACUAUUUGUGUUUGAAGAAAUAAAAACUCCAAGUGUAACUGUGGUAAUCACAGUGAGGAUUGAAUUGAUUUGCUUCUAAUUAGCAAAUAUCUAAUGUGA